AUGGCAACCUCAGUCGUUCUUCCGCCAAACCAAGGAGUUGUUCCUGGGUCCGUGGAUAUUCCCAUUGCAUUAUGGCCGGUAACCGCCAAAGACGAAAGUGUGGACGCCUCUGCAGUAUCUUCCCAGAUUAUAAAUUCUUUAAAUAGUUCCCUCGCGGCACGAGAUUAUAAGGCCCUUGCCAAUCUCUUUGUCGAGGAGAAUGGCUACUGGCGAGAUCAUCUUGGGAUGACCUGGGAUCUCCGCACAUUAAAAGGAAGAGAUAAGAUUAUUUCUUUCCUAGAGAAAGGCCACCACCUGAUAAGCGUUGAACCCGACCGAGAAUAUCCGUUCAAAAACCCUGGACCGGAGAUAACUACCUUCCGAGGCGAUGGGUCCGUUCAUGGAAUCCAAGUUUACCUACGAAGCGUCUCCGAACAUGGAAUCGGACCUGGUCUUGUCCGCCUGAUCAAAGUCAACAACGAAUGGAAAAUUUGGACACUCUUCACCUCACUACAAAAGCUCAAUGCUCACCCAGAGCCAGUCGGCCAUUUAAGACCAGUCGGUGUCCAGCAUGGCGCACAAGCCGAUAGGAAAAAUUGGCUUGAUAGAAGGGAGGAAGAGUUUAAUUUCGUGAACGGUGACCCUGAAGUUCUCGUCAUUGGUUGUGGACAAGCCGGACUUUCAAUACAGGCUCGAUUGAAGAUGCUCGGAGUUCCUACGCUCGCCAUUGACGUGUGUGACAACAUCGGCGACAACUGGAGGGGGCGUUACCACCAACUCGUCCUACACGACGCCGUGUGGUACGAUCACCUCCCUUACUUAAAAUUCCCAGAAUUUUGGCCCAUUUUUACCCCUAAGGAUAAACUAGCCGGAUUCUUGAAAUCGUAUGCUGAAAUGCUCGAGCUCAACGUGUGGAAUAACACGAGCCUCGAGUACAGCUCGUGGGAUGACAAGAAAAAGCAAUGGACCGCAGUUCUUAAGCGGGGCAAGAAGGACGGGAGCGUCGAAGUUCGCGUAAUGCACCCCAAGCAUAUCGUCCAGUGUACUGGCCAUUCCGGAAAGAAGAACUAUCCGAAUUUCAAAGGCCAGGAAAACUUCAAGGGCGACGUGCUCUGUCAUUCUUCCGAAUUCCGAGGUGCUAAGAAGAACGGCAAAGGGAAGAAAGCAGUCGUGAUCGGUGCCUGCAACUCGGCGAUGGACAUCUCUCAAGAUUACUACGAAAAAGGGUGGGAUGUGACUAUGGUCCAGCGAUCGUCAACAACGGUCAUGAGCAGCAAGGCCGUGAUGGAUCUAUUGCUUUUCCCCGCAUAUCGCGAGGGCGGAAUGCCAACCGAGGAAGCGGACUUGCUUACAUGGGCCAGGCCGGGUGAGGUUUAUAAGGCAUUCCAAGCCGACCAGAACGAGCGCCAACAAAUCCAAGACAAGGACAUCCUCGAAGGACUUAAUAAGGCUGGAUUCAGGACCGACAGAGGUCCAAUGAACGCCGGCCUAUGGACCAAGUAUCUCCAACGUGGUGGUGGAUAUUACAUCGACGUCGGUACUUCGCAACUCAUCAUCGACGGCCAAGUGAAGGUUAAGCAUGGCGUCGGGAUAAGCGAGAUUCUUCCACACGGCGUGAAGCUGGAAGACGGGACGGAGCUAGAAGCAGAUGAGAUCGUCUGCGCAACGGGCUACCAGAACAUGAAGACGGCCACGGAGGCCAUAUUCGGAGAGGAGGUCGCGAGCAAAGUCAAGUCAAAUGUAUGGGGCUACGACGAGGAGGGAGAGACAAAGGUGAUGUGGCGGCAAAGUGGCCAUCCUGGCCUCUGGCUUCACGGAGGCAACCUGGCCAUGUGCCGGUACUUCUCUCGAGUCGUCGCUCUUCAGAUAAAGGCGCAGUUGGAGGGGCUGUCCAAGAUAUCCGACCUAUAG